CUUUUUGGUUUCCAUUAUAUUCGCAUUGCAAAUCAACUACACUCCUUCCCUCUCUCUCUCUCUCAUGUUUCUCUUUUCGCCACUUCAUUCUCUUUCUUUCCUUUAUUUUCUCCGCUUCCAUUAACUGCACAACCUUUGAAGUUGAUGCAUUCUGACACUGAGAUUGUUCCGAGCGCUGUAGAAACACAGCAACCUCGGAGGUUCAAAGUUUAGGCAUGGCGAACAAUUGUUCAAUUGAGGGUCCACUGGUGGAAGAGUUCACUUUUAAUGCAAGAUCAGCUCCCUUCAAGAGUUGUCAUGCUUCUACCAUUGUUGAGGUUGAUAAUGAUCAUUUUUUGGUUGCCUAUUUUGGGGGCACAUUCGAGGGGGCAGCUGAUGUCAAAAUAUGGUUGCAGACUUACAAAAAUGGAAUAUGGCAGCCACCUGUAAUUGCUGAUGAACAACCAAAUGUUCCAAUGUGGAACCCUGUACUGUUCAAACUUCCAUCAGAUGUUCUACUUCUGUUCUACAAGAUAGGCCAAGAUGUUCAGAAGUGGAGUGGAUUCGUGAAACGCUCAUUUGAUAAAGGUGUUACUUGGACAGGAAGAGAACAACUUCCUCCUGGUAUAUUAGGACCUAUAAAGAAUAAGCCCAUACUGCUAGAGAACGGUAAUUUACUUUGUGGAUCAUCUGUUGAAAGCUGGAAUUCCUGGGGAGCUUGGGUUGAGGUAACAGCAGAUAUUGGCAGGUCGUGGAGCAAAUAUGGCCCAAUUUAUAUUGAAAAUGAACCUCUGAGUGUGAUUCAACCAGUACCUUAUCAGACUGCAGAUGGAAAACUACGUGUUUUAUUACGAUCCUUUGAUGGCAUUGGUAGAGUAUGUAUGUCAGAAUCAUCUGAUGGGGGCAAGACUUGGGGAUAUGCAAAACCUACUCAGCUCCCUAACCCAAAUUCAGGUCUUGAUGGGGUUAAGCUUAGUGAUGGGCGGUUAUUGCUUGCUUAUAAUACUUUAUCAAGGGGUGUGCUUAAAGUGGCACUCUCUAAGGAUGAUGGCGAUUCCUGGCAUGAGGCUCUUACAUUGGAGGAUACAUUGGGAAUGGAGUUCUCAUAUCCCGCUGUUAUCCAAGCUAGUGAUGGGCGAAUCCAUAUCACCUAUACAUAUAAUAGGACACAAAUUAAGCAUGUCGUUCUUCGGCCAAUGUGAUGUGGAGUAAUUGGUUUCAAUUUCAAAUAAGCAGAAACAACUGAUCCUGUAAUGCUCUGAUCAUAUGGUCUUUUCAAUUAUCAAUAGUUGUAAGCGCAUGAGCAAGACUAAAAGCAUUGGUACUCUUUGUUUAUUACAAACUUGUAAUUUCCAAUUUUGCAUAUUUGGUUGCAGUUAGAUAUUUCAUAUUUGUUUUAGAUUUUCAUUUUAAAAACUUUCUAUUUUAAAAACUGAGACAGGUUUUUUUUCAUUAAAGAAGUUUUUUCCCCCUUAAAAUAGUAUGCAAACAAUCAGAUUCUACAUCUAUUUGCUAAACGCAUAUGCUUCACACCUUCCGCUUUUAUUUUAUAUUUUUUUAUGAUAUUUCAAAUGGAAGAAAAAUAGAUGCCUUACCUGAACAAUAGAGGUUUCAAGAGAUAGCUUUAGACGUGGAGGUAUUUGCAAUUUGCAAGUGUAAAGUUUUAUUCUCAACCAUUUUACAGUUCUUUAUUUAAAUAAGAACACUAGGAUUUUUUGAACAGUAUAAGUUGAGUCAUUUCUUGAAGUCCAUUUUUUGAAAACUCAAAUCCUAACAUUUAGUUUUACUUAGCAGUGUUACUUGAACUAAGUACAUGUUGGAAGAGUAACAAGAAUUACAUUAAAUCAUGUUUUAAUAUGGAAGUUAUGAUUUAUAACGUUAAAAUAAAUUGUUUGAGAGAAUUUGAUGUGAAUCCAAAACUAUACAAAUGGGUGAUCUGGCCUUGGACGCUUGAGUGAAAAGAAAAUAUAACUACACAACACCUUUUUGACGACUUACGGUUAACUUAAAAAAAAAAAAAAACAGUUUCAAAGAUUCAUAGUAUAAAAAUGAGAAGUUAAAUAAUAAAACAAAUACAAGAGAACCUCAAUAAAAUGGAAGAGAAAAUAACAUAUGCGUCUUGUUGAGACAUAAGAAAUAUGUAGAGAGAAAAAUUAAAUAUAUUGCCUCUCAAUUUUUUUCCCGGAAGUUGAAGUACAAUUUUUUUUCUCUCUUUGUUUCUAAGAAUAUUCAUUUUCCUAUUAAAUGAGAGGUUAAUCUUUUGGGAUAUGAUUACACACUGAAAAAAUAUUUUCUUAUGCAUGAAUUUCUAUUUAAUUCAAAAUUCUAUUAUUGAACAGUCCAAGCUUCUUCCUUUUUUAUUAGAGCAUGCCCAAUUACAUGUUAACAUAGAUGUUUGAUUGACCCCUUCUUACAAGUGAUGUUUAAUUAUAUUUGCUAAAAUAAUACUUUCAACUUAUUUUACUUGAAUCAAUACUUGAUAGUUUAUAUUCAUGUUUGAUUGAGUUCUCAGAUUUAAAAAAUUAACUAAUUCAAAUAUGCAUUUAUACUUGCU